AUGGUCUACGAUCCUAGUGUCGACGUAUACGUGCCACUACUCUACGUACUCGUCAAUUCGAAAAGCAAGAAACGUAUUGGCGAGUACUAGAGCAGCUCAUCAUGGCGUCCGACCGCCAGCUGAAGCCUCGUGAUGUUACCUGUGACUUUGAGCUUGCGCUCAUUAACGCUGUGAUUGAGCAGUUCCCUGCAGCCAACAUUGUUGGCUGCCUCUUCCACUGGAAGCAGGCUCUACGUAGGAAGAUGAUAAAACUGAAGAUUCCCAAGGAACAGAUCGCAGACGCCAUGAAGUCGGGAAAACUGGACGUGCUUACUGUCAUUCCUGCCGAAGAAGUGCUGGACAAGGGACUACGGUAUGUUCGAAGCAUCAUCGAUGAGACCGCAGCAAAGACUAAAUGGAACGCUUUCUGGAAGUAUUUUGUGCGAACGUGGACAAAGAGGUUCGACACGUCGCUGUGGAACGUGAGCCAGAUGCGGCGCAACAAUGUGAGCAUGAUAAAUCGGACUAAUAACCCGCUGGAGAAGUACAAUCGCGAUUUUGCUGCUCGCAUUGGUGCGCCACAUCCAAGUAUUCUCGUCUUCAUUGAAGCUGCAAAGGCAGAGGCACAUUCCUACAUAAAACUGCUGGACGACAUCAAGCAUGGUCGACAGAGCGCUCCUGCUCAUGCGCGGUCUGUGGACGUUGAAGUCCCCGGGGAAUACAUGGCGUUUGAGUAG